AAAAAAAUUUGUUUCUUCCGUGUGCAACUCAACAUGGAUCAUAUGUUUGUCAGGAACCACGAUGUAAAGAUGUUGGUGCUAGGACUUCCUAAUUUAGCGAGUCCUCUUAUCGGGGUUAGGGUUUCGGCAUCAGGUCUUUUUGACUAGGGCUUGUGAAUUUUCGCCGUGCUCAUCGCAACCCGACACUCUCUUGCCCCAACUUUCGUUCAGAUAGCUAGCUACCCCACCAUCCGGCAGCACGAAAUAUUGCUGGAACCGUCAAAAUGGUGAUGGUGAACGGUGACUAUAGUGAGUUCUGCCAUGGAGUCCGCCGUAGGACUGGGUCGCUACAAUUGGGGUUUCUGGGAAACUGACGAGAGAAUCAGGUCCCCCGGUGACGAUUGCACACGAAUCUAUCUCUCCGGGCCAUAAACGUAAUCGCUCUCAAUCUCAGGAUCCUGCAAAUAAACGGCUCAAGAUGGAAUCGGGCUUGGAGGACUUGGAAUUGGAGGCUGCGCUUGCACAAGCAACUACCAACGCUACAUUACCUGCGGCUCAUGCGCUACCACCCAGGGAACCUAUACACGAAUCGGCACCACCUCAAAAUCACCAACCAAUUCAUGCUGAAGUUCGAAAUAUUAUAUAUGAUCCAAAUACGUAUAUGUGGGUUAUGAGUCUGCCGAUCUUGGAGAACCUGGUAUGUCUCUGAUGUCUGACAUGAUCGAGACCCCGUCAUAUGUCGACUUUACUGGAAAUAUCAUACUAAAAGUCUUUCAAAGUCGAUCCAGAUUCUUUCCACAUUGGCACAAGGUCCUUGUUCCGAAACUAUACACAUCGUCACCUCGCCUGAUUCAUUACAUGGCCAAGCAUAUUCCACGUUGAAAUCGCUCUUCGAUCAAACCAAGAAGAUCUAUUCGAAAGAUGACAAUUUCCUGUCUGCGGAUGUUCUAAAUUUCACAGAUGAAAAACACCGGUCAAUCAUACGAAUUACAAACAUGGCAACCUUCGUAUCGGGUGUAUUUGGGGGUCAGGAUGUUGGAUUCUAUGAGUUGAAUAAUUACUUCAUCGAUACCUUUACUCCUGAAGGGGAGCCAAUGAAUAAAACAGCUUGCUCGCUUCACAUCAACCUGAAGACACAAAUGUAUCUCUCCGCUUGCGGUGAAGAGGGGAAUGAUCAGACGAAGGAAGAAAUUUUGGAUGAUCUCUUCCCUGUUGAUUUGAAUCAAACCCUAUUGAAAAGACACCCACAGCAAGAUUUAUCAGAGAGCGAAAAGAACUAUUUGGAUUCUUGCAGGCAAAGAAAAGAGCUUCUUUUGUCAGCACGGACAGAUGCAGAAUCGAUUCGUAAGUGCCUCAAAGUAUACGCACAUUUAGUUUUACUGAUCAGCAGCAAUAGAAGCACUCUCGGAAGACUAUCCUUGGGAACAAUAUCUAGAGGAUCUUAGUGUUCAUCUCAACCAAGAAUAUGAGACACUUCUGGGACCUUAUAUGAAGCGACACGCCCUUACAACACCCGCAGCUCGAGGGACUAACACGAAUCAAAUGCAGGCCAGAGAACCAUUCCAUGAUAGGGUUGAAUUAUUGGCUUCGGCUGAUUCUGCUGCACAAAUGGCCUUUCGAGAUAUUGUAGCGAGACAGUCUAGCCAGCAACAGAAUGGAGGUUUGUACACAUAAUUGGUGGCAUAAUUUUCCUGCCAAUUUUACUCUGCUAACUUAAAUGGCGUAGCCACCUCUCAUCAUCAGCACAGUGGACCUCACAGCUCCCAUAGUGGAGGUUUCCAACCAAGUUAUGGAUGCUCUAAUAUCCCUUACCAUACUCAGACAGCGCCAACGCAGGUUUUGUACAACCAAGCUCGGCAAGCUGCUUUAGCCAAAUCUACACCCGGCACCAACCGUCAAACUGGACCCCCUAGUCAAAGAAGGCCAUGGAGCACAGAAGAAGAAAAUGCUUUGAUGGCAGGUCUUGACCAAGUUCGAGGUCCCCAUUGGAGUCAAAUAUUGGCAUUGUAUGGAGAAAAGGGUUCACAGAGUCAAAUUCUUGCGGAUCGAAAUCAAGUUCAACUAAAGGACAAAGCUAGGAAUCUCAAGCUAUUCUUUCUAAAGAGCAAUAUAGAGGUACCAUACUACUUACAAUCUGUUACGGGCGAGCUCAAAACCCGAGCACCUGGCCAGGCAGCUCGGAAAGAAGCCGAGGAACGCUCGAGACUCGAGCAAACUGAGGCACAGGCACAUUUUGACGGAAUCAUGACUCUAGGUCGCGGGCUCCAUGAACAGACACCAGAGCAGAAUGGGGUUGCUUCUCAAGCUAGUCCGGAUAAUUCCCAAAGUAGAAGACAAGAAUCUCCAGAAGAAUUUCACGUCACGGAACCCACGACUCAAUUACAGUCACAACCUUCAGCUCAAUCUCAGCCUCAGCCUACAAAAUACCAACCACAACCUCAGCAACAAUCCCAACAAACUCAACAAUCUGAACAAGUAAGUGAUGAAGAGCAGCUCCGUCAACAACUCCUAGCCGCAAACGCCACCGAGGGCCAUUUUCAGCGGCACGAAAGCACCAUGCAACAUAACGGCUUCGAGAACAGAGCAAUGUGAGAAAUCAAUCAAAUUGUUUCCAUUUGCGCUUUCUGUGUCUCAGCCCAUAUGAUUGCACAUUCUUGUACAAAUGGCGCGUCUUUUUUCCUUCUCCCCUGAACUUGUUUUUUAUAGCUUACAGAAUUCGGAAAGAUGGCGUAUUGAUUGGGUCUUUGGCGUAACAAAAAAGCAAAUACCCACUUUUUCAUGUAUGUAACUUUGAGGGACUCCUCCGUACAUAACAGCGCUG